AGACCACCGGCACCUAUAGGGCGAGGGCAGAUGGGGCAGCAGGAACCGCGUUCCCGGGACCCCUGGCCGCCCCAGUAACAGCAGCGCCUCCUGCUGGCCGAUUCUGCAGAGCAAGGGCACCUGGAGACUUUGAUCCCAGCCUGAGCCCAGCCGGGUCUUCCCACAGGGGCAGGGUUUACAGGCAGCGGCUUCCCCGCCCUCACCUAUAACAGGUGUCACUCACCUUGGGGCAGGCGACCCUGGGCCAGGAGCCUGCACAGAACUAACACCAGCGUCUGCCGCUAAAGGGGACGAGUGGGAUCUGUUUAGGCAACAGUGAUCAUUCAAUCCCUCCGCAGGAGGGGGCCACAGGGGACCUGGGCAUGCGCCCCAUCCCCCGACCCCGGUCCCCGAGGUGCCUUUCUGGGCUGGGGGGGCUCGGCGGGCUCUGCGCUCUCUCUCCCUCCGGCUCCUCCAGGAACCUGCGCAGUGAUCCUCCUCCUCGCUUUCGUGUUGUCGUGGGCUUUUACAAGACAUCUCUUCUGGUCCCUGGAAAGGAGGGGGCCGUGCUGGCUGGGGCCGAGGGGAGCUGUGAGGUGGUCCCUGGGGGAGGGGAGGCAGCUGGAGGCCGGGGAGGGGAGGGCGGGCCGCCUGACACUGUUUAUUUGCAUUCCAAUCUACCUGCACAGCUAUUUAUGAGCCUGGACCUUGUCCCGGCCCAGCCACUGGCUGGAUUUCUGGCCCCGCUGGGCUUCCACUCAUUUCCCAGCCAGGAGUUAGCAAGGUGCCCGGUCCCCAGAAAACCUGAAUCCGGGUGGUCUGGGCUGUCACGUUCCCCACCCGUGGCCAGGUGGCUGGGGAGGGCCCCACAGGUGGCGGUGACACCUGGCGGGUGCACAGGCGCUCCGAAGCUCAGCCCCUCCCCGCCAGCCGCGCCCCUGACCAGUCCUUCCCCGCAGGAGGCCGUGGAGGGGGCCGGGUCCUCCUGAGAGCCUGCGUGCAGCCACCAGAGCCCCUAAGACGGCGGGAUGACCACGGAACCCAGGGACGUCCUGGUGCAGCUGCCCACGCGGGAGCAGCUGCGGCUGGUUGUGGGGCUCCUGGGGUGACCCUGGCUUCCAUAGAAAUCUCCGAGGCCCCGACUGGCCUGAGUCUUCAGGGCGAUGAUGCUCCUGUGCCCUUCCUCCUCGAAGUCCACCCCUCCCCCAGGGACGCCCGCUGUCCACCUGCCCCCGGGGAGUCCCGGGGAGGCGCCGCGGGGCUGCCUGCCUCCCCUCUGAGUGCUAGCCCCCCCCAGGCCGCGCCUCGCCUCUACCCACCCCCUACUCGGGCCCCUUCCCCGAGGAAGGCUGGUUACACAGCCUGUCGGUUCAGCAGUUUGUUCCCAACGCCCACGCGCGGCUGGUAGCACUUGUGGACGGUGUGGCCCGCGGAGGCCCUGAACCCUGACCUGGUGCCACCCGCCAGCCGGGGGCGCCCCGAGACCACGGGACUUCCGUCUCAAAUGCAAAGACGCGCUGGGGCAUCUCUGGGGGCUGCCAUCGAGCAAAGGCGCGAGUUCAGAAGUGCUUGUUACAGAGCUGGUGGCUCUUCCACAGACCCCAUCAGAGGGUCCAGUCGUUUAAGUGCCAGACGGAUAACCAGGAGGUUACCUCCUUCCGGAGGACCCACACGGCCCUGUGCAGUCAUGGCCCCCUCACCAAGCUGUCCCUGCCCGGGCCACCGGUCACCCCAGGGAGGGCGGUCCCCAGGGGGUGGUUUUCGUGGCGUCCCGUGGUCACAGAAGUGUCAGCCACCGUCUGGUCUCCCCGCAGACUCAGUCCUGCUCUGCCCUCCCUCCCUGGCGAGGCCCCGUCCCUCAGUGGGAGAAUCAGGAGGUCAGGGUCCGGAUUCCAUGGGGCUUCUCCAGGCGAGAAGAGGCGGGGCGGGCCAGGGGUGCCAGUCUCCGUCGCUGCGCAUCAGCCGUUGGGGCCGUGGGGACAGUCGUGGAGCAAACAUGAGUGGGGGCCCGCUGGGCCGACAGAGGGGUGGGCCCAUCGUGGUGCCACGCUGGCGCCUUGGAGCCUCCCGGGCUCUGAUGCGAGCUGCUCUCUCGGCCCUUGCUGGUGGGUCGUUAGCAGGACAGGUCAGGUCCGGUUGGGGAAUGGUGGUCCUCUCCAGUUUUUACCAACUAGGUGAAAAGUGAGGUGAUAAGUUCUCCUAGUCGAGGCGGCCUCUGGUGUCCAGAUUACUGUCACCCUCUGCCCUCAGCUGCCUCCGCCCCUCCCCGUUCUGUACUAGAAGCCCCCACGCGGAGCACCCGCGGGGGGCUUACGCACACCAUCCCACUUAACCCUUGAGCGGAGGGUCCCUGGUGGAUACAGCCAGCAUGUCCUUCCUGGGGACACCGAGGGACAUCGGAGCAGGAACCUCCGUCCCCUUUGUCCGUCCGCUUUCGCGUUCCGGGUGGGUUGAGAGGGGCAGGAAAACCCCUGGAAAGUUAGCCAGCCCCAGAGAGGGGGUUUGCGUUUUCAGGGGAAGUGUGUCCAUGAAAAUGUGGCACCAGCACCAGGUGGGACUGGCUGGCGGAGAGGGGCUGUACCUCCGAGGACUGGUCGGGAUCGGGGGCGGGGGGUGGGUGGAAUGCUCUUACAGGCAGGACGGCUGCCUGGCUGGCUGGCGAUGGCGUAGUUCAAGUCCCCCGGGAAUUACCUGCUCAGGGACACGCUUCCGUGUUUAAGUCAAUGCCAAUUGGCGUUAAUGACAGACUCCCUCCAAGCCUCGGUUUACCCGUCUGGUGGGGAGAAGCUGGAGCCGAUCAGAAGGUCUUCCGGGGGUCCCUGCCUCCUUCGAGACGCCUCAGGCCCCAGGAGGGGCAGCAGGAGGACUUGGGUGGGGAGAGGCGGGUGGGGCGGGCCUGGGCUGUGGCCCCGACACAGGGAGCCCGGACCGCGGCUUUCACCUGUUUCCUCGGCUUCGCUGUAGGGUUUUAGCAGGAGGAGGAGCGAGCGAAGAGUGAAACCCGCCGGCUGAGGUCUCAAGUCAGCCGGUGACGGGGUGACCGAGGCCGUCCGCGCAGCUUGGCACCCACACCCCGCCAGCUUACUUUCAGGGUGUGCCCACCGCGUGAGCCGUGGGGGCGGCCCCGUGUGUGGCCCCCACCUGUCUGAACAUCCAGGUGGUAGAAAGUUACAGCCACGUACCGCCACGGCAGAGCUCAGUCCACAUCUGCCACACGAAGCGGAUGAGGACGAAACCAGCGGCACGGCAACUCGCCGCUAAAAAGUAGAGACUCGUCAUCUGAUUUGAGACGGUGUAGAGACACUUCCAGAAACCACAGAGGCUGCGCGAGCCCAGGGGCACCGCUUUCCUGGCAGACGCGAUGCUGGCAAGAGCCCGCGGGCGCCGUGCUGCGCACACGGGCCCGCCCCGCUCCGGCCCGCACCGUCCGUACGAGGACGCGUCCUCUCCCUCCGAGGGCCGUGAGCCUGGGCUGCCCGCCUCGAACCAGGAUUUUCCACCCAGAGGACAGCAGAGACGCGGCUUGGCCACGAGGGCACGUAGAGCGUGUGGCGCCUCCCUCCAGCCCGGGAAGCGCGGGGGACAGAGGAGCGGCCGGAAGCCGAGACGCGAGGGGGGUCCGGGCCCCGGGCAGCGCCGUCAGCUGCUCCAGCACCGGCCCUUUCCGGGGUCCGGGGUCCAAUCAACAGAGUGGAAAGAAGUUGCAAAUACGAACUUGCUGCAUGUCUGAUGUUAAGACGGCUCCCUUUCCAGGUGAAACGAAGUGUCAUUUGGAUAACCCGACUUGGACAACAGAUGUUACCGGAGAGAGGCGGCCCUUACCUGCGUAGACAGAAGAAGGCUCCCUGUGCGGGCCACCUGUCGUGAGCUCUUCCAGCGGGUGUGUGAUGUGACCAGCAUCAAAGAAGCCCACUUCUUUGGCCUCAGCGUGGUCAGAGACAACGAGUUCAUGUUCAUGGAUUUGGAGCAGAAGAUCAGCAAGUACUUCCCCAAGGACUGGAAGCGGCAAGUGCACAAAGGUGGGAGGCCCCGCGCGCCCUUCGUGAGCUUCCUCAGGGUGCAGUACUACGUGGAGGACGGCAGGGUCAUAAGGGCCAGAUCUGGCCUCUUACCAAGGCCACCCACGCCUUCCAGCGACAAGACGGCCAGGCACCUGUACUACUGCCACCUGAAGGAGCGUGUGCUGAGGUCCGAGUGCACCCACCGCGAGGAGGCCUACUUCCUGCUGGCCGCCUACGGGCUGCAGGCCGACCUGGGCAACCACCGGGAGCUGGUCCACGUGGGGAGGUACUUCGAACCGGAAGCCUACUUUCCGCAGUGGAUCAUUGCCAAGAGGGGCAGCGCCUACAUCCUCAGGCACGCGCCCGCCGUGCACCGUGAGCAGCGGGGCCUCGACCCCAAGGAGGCAGUGCUGCGCUUCAUCAGGGAGGCCUGCCGGCUCGAGGACGUGCCCGUCCACUUCUUCAGGCUGUACAAGGUCGACAGGGAUAAGAAGGAGGACAGGCCUACCAUCGUCCUGGGACUGACCCUCAAGGGAAUGCAAGUCUAUCAGGAGGCGGACCACGCUCCCAAGCUGCUCUAUGACUUCCCCUGGUCCCACAUCGGGAAGCUGGUGUUUCUGGGGAAAAGGCUGGAGAUCCAGCCGGACGGGCCGCCGUCGGCGCGGAAGCUGGUGUAUUACACGGGCUGCGCCUCGCGCUCUGGCCACCUGCUGCGGCUGUUCAGCGCCACCCACCUGCUGCGGCUCACGCUGCGACCCACCCUGCGGAGGCUGCAGCAGCUGGAGGAGGCGGAAGAGAAGCAGCACUAUCGGGAGUCCUACGUCAGCGACACGCUGGACCUGGACCGACACCCGGGUGACAAGGGCUCCCCGGGCUCCCCCCGCAGCGGGCGUGGUGGCCGGCAGCUCCCGGAGCACCCGUCCCUCGGCUCGGCUGACAGCGGCAGUAGCCCCUGCUUGCGAGGCAUCGAGGCAGACGCUGGGCCCGCGGAGCCCUGGGGGGUGUCGGUGGACGAGCCCCGGGGCACCGAGGCCGUGCGUGGGGAGGCGCCACCCUGCAGCCCCAGCACCAGCCAGAGGAGCCACGGCACAGACGGUGGCCACGGAGGCGGGCGCGAGGGGGAGGCCCAGGACCGGGGAGACGCCUCUUGCAAGGAGCCCUCGGCGGCCGUGCAGGUCAGGCUGAUCAGGACGUGGGGCCGCAGCGCGGAGGCCCUGCACCAGAUCCCAGAGGCAGAUCCGCACUGCCACGGCCUGGACCAUGCACCACCGGGGCCCUGCGGAGUGAGGUCCUCGAAAUGCCUCUCCCUGGUCCUGUGCAGGGAGGGCCAGCUCCCAGAAGAGUUUGUGGUGUAGACACCCAGAGGUGUGGCUCUGCACGUGGGGCUCAUCCACACGUGUCAGGAGGCAGAAGUGAAGGCGUGGCCACCCCGUCUGCAGGUGGCUCGGGGGCGGCCCCCACCCGUCCACUCUGGAAGGAAGAUGUUGGCUGUUCCCGCGUGUGGGAGAGACCCUUCCGGUUCCCUCUGCACAGACCCCCCCCCCCCCCACCCAGUGGACGGCCAGACCAGGUGCACAGCCUUCUGGGAGCCUUUGACCCAAGGUCACGGUCACCUGUCACGGCACCGGCCCCAGCUUCCUCUAGACCGCUCCGCCGCCCCUGCUGCUCACGAUCCCGGAGGCCUCUCUGUGAGGUGUGGGCCCAGCUGUCACCCCACGACAGACCUGGCCGGUGGGUGACCCCUGCCCACCCCUCACACGAUGCAUUCACCGCAGGGCUCCAAGCCUGGAGUCGCAGCGGCACGUGGACGCCCGGUCCCUGCGGGGCCUACGGAGCCCGAGAGGCGGCUGGGCCAUCCCGAGAAGCCAGGAUGCAGAUUCUGAAUGUUCCUGGCCCUGCCCCCCCAAGACCGAGCUGAGCGUCCCGUCCCUUUCCAGCAGAGGUCACGCGGGUCACUGACCUGCCGUCCUCAGGGGCGGCCGGGGCUCCCGCAGCGCGGGUCACCCGUUAGGGCUCAGAAGGCGGAGGGUGAGAUAGGGCAGGGUGGGGACUUGACCCAGCCGCCCCCUCGGCCCGGACCCAAGCUCCACGUCUGGGGCUGGAGAGACUUCCGGGCUUCGCGUGGCCUUCCCGAUGGGGCGGAGGUUUACAGGUCAUGCCGUGGCGGGUCCUGGAAAAGUGUGCUUCUGAAGGACAGCACCCUGCCCUCGGGGCUGUGCCAUCGGUGCGUUGAGAGGCCGUGAGCAGGCAGCCCGUGACGGCAGGUGCGUGGCCCCGGCCCCAGCCUCAGCGGCCAGCUUGCCGUUGGAGCACCGGGGCAGGAGCACCGUGCCAGCCUCCACAGGCUGGGAGGACAGACCGGGGUCCUCCCAGACGGGAGGUUCAAGGGCGGGGCGGCCUCCCGGGGCCGGGGCGCGCUCCCCUCCCCAGGUCCAGGCCCGGCUGCCAGGUGGCCUUCCCGCGGCCAGCCGCCACCUGGAUGGAGCGGAGUCGUUGGCGGAGGGGGUGCGCGUCAGCAGGCUGGCGGCCUGUGUCCCCGGAGGAAGGCCGGGCUGGCGCUGCGUCCCAGCCGCCUCCCGACCCCAGGUGGGCCCCUGCCUCCCGUCCAGAGACCUGAGCGGGCGCUGGGAGCAGGUGCGGUGUGAGAGGGGUGGUAACAGGCCCUGAGCCUGACGGGUGUUAGGGUGCGGCUCGUUUUACCCGGGCCCCUCCCGCCUCCGCCCUGCACAGGAUCUGACACCUGCUGUCCCCUUGAUCAGAUGGACUGGCAUGUGUCCGUCUGGUAGUCCCGAGCACUUAGCGGGUGACUGGAAGCCCGCUGCCACAGGGCCCUGUGCCUGUGACAUCACCCGG